UGCCCGAUUCGCGUUGAAACAUAAACGCGCUUCGCGAUAACUCUUAGAAAUCGUAUAAUUUCUGUACGUAAUACGCGGCCUUUCGCGCAUAAACAGAUUAACGUUACGAAAAGACUGACUUUCACUGGGAUUUCGCUGCUUUCUGUUCGCGAUACACCAAAAGCUUUCUAUUUUAUGCGCGAUCACGAAGAAUCGUUUUUGCCUGCUGAAAUCUCGCGGGGCGAGAUCUAAAACACGCUCCUGUCUAAACACGUAUCAUAUACGAAAGAUCACACGAGACAUGAAACGAGAUACACCGAGAGAUCCCAAAUCGCGGAGCGACAAGUCCGAUAAAACGAGGAGGAGAAUUGGCGUUGGAAAAUUUACUUUUCGAAACGGGGACAGUUACGAGGGGAAAUACGAAGUCAACGUUGGCGAGCGCGCGCUGGUUAAGCAAGAUGAGGGAGUGUAUGUAACUGAUAACUUUGAUGUGUACGAAGGUAAAUGGAACGUCGACGGUUUCGCCAGCGAGAACUUUCACAUUCGGUACAACAACGACGUGCAAUACAAGGGUCAUGUCGCCGCGAACGGUGCAAUGGAUGGUAUGGGAACGUAUAUCUUUCCGGACGGAUCCUCAUUGGCAGCCGUCUGGUCACGAAAUAGACCCGUUUCAGACGUCGUCUACAAGGAGCCGCUCGGACAAGAGUGGAUGGUCGAAUCGGUUUCGGAGAGUGUCAGUAUAGAAAUGAAACCGCAAAAAUAUAGGUCGAACGUAGCAUUCUUGUAUUAUAUUAAUCUGCAAUAUUUUCUCGUAUAA